AUGGCCUAUGAAGGAGAAGAGAAAAAUGAUCAAUUCAAUGUCAACCAAGAUGCAUUCUUCACAGACAGACAAUAUCAUCAAACAGGUCAAGCACAAACCAGUAAAAAUAACAGGCAAAGUAAGACAUGUUAUAUAUGUUAUGAAUUUGUUAGAUUUAAUCUGGAUGUGGAGAUGCAGGGGUAA